AUGGCGCUGCUGAGGGUGCGGCUGGCGCGGCGGGAGCGGGCCCGGCUGGCGCAGGCGGUGCGGCCGCUGUGCGGGGGCUGCUCGCUGGCGGCCGCCGCCACCCUGGGCCUGGCCGCCCACCUGGAGUGCGCGCUGCGGCGGCGCGCCGGGGCGAUGGACGACGCCGACGUCCACCUGCUGCCCCGCGCCCUCAUGGUGGCGGGAGCCCUGUCGGCGCUGGUCAGCCUGGCCGGAGUCCGGCUGUGCGGCGAUGCCCUGGACCCCGGCCGCCUGCCCCGCUGGAAGUCGCUGGCCGGACCCUACCUGGCCCUCUCCUUCCUCCUCACCUUCCUCACGCUGGCCUCCUCCCCCCUCGGCUACCUCAUGAGGGGCAGCCUCGACGCCUCGCUGAAGGUCGGCCUCCGCAACGGCAUCCGCUUCUACAAGGACACGGACACGCCCGGCAGGUGCUUCCAGAAGAGGACGGUCGACCUCAUCCAGAUGGAGUUCCAGUGCUGCGGCAACGACGGCUACCGCGACUGGUUCGAGGUGCAGUGGAUCAGUAACCGCUACCUCGACUUCAACGACAAGGACGUCAGAGACCGCAUCAAGAGCAACGUGGACGGGCGUUACCUCAUCAACAGUGUACCCUUCAGCUGUUGUAACCCCAGCUCCCCCCGUCCCUGCAUCCAGCACCAGAUCACCAACAACUCCGCUCACUUCAACUACGAGGUGGAGAGUGAGGAGCUCAACAUCUGGAUGAAGGGCUGCAGAGAGGCUCUGCUCAACUACUACACGGGCACCAUGGCAACCAUCAGCACUGCUGUCCUCCUCUUCUCCAUCGUCCAGCUGGGUGUGCUGACCGGACUGCGAUACCUGAGCGUUUCCGCCUUGGCUGCACUCGAGCAGUCAGAACCGGAGAGCGACGCCGAUGGUUACCUCCUAGAGAAGGGCCCGCUGGAGACUGUGUGCGCUGCCGCCAAGGCUCUCACCAGCACGUUCUCGUCCAAUCAAGUGCAGACUGACCCCGCCCCAACGGAGGAGAAGGCUGCGGACAAGUAG